AUGCCAAUGAGAGCCGAAGGUGAUACAGGUGCUGUCAGGUCAGGAGGUAUUGCCGCAGGUGAUUCAUUCACCCGACGAGAGCAAUCCAUAGAAAAUGUUUGGUUCAGACAACACGAGGUAGACAACAUUAAAAAGAUGAGAGAGAGGUUGAUGGCCCAGAAAAAGCAACUGGCCGACUUCGAACAACAUCUAGACGAAAUGGAAGAGGCUGCUAGGCGGCGGCAAGAAGCCCCCAAUGAAGGGCAAUGA